UUGUUACAUUAUUGUUUUUUUUUUAUUUCUUUAAACCGUGAUAAACAUUUAUAUUAUUUCUGAUAAGCUUAUACAACAUUGGUGUGCUACCAGUCAAUUUUCUUGAGAGGUAGGGAUUAUUUGUAACAAAUUCGGGUACAAAUUUCUUUUUUUUUUUUAGAGGGGGAGGGGGGGAAAGAAAAAUGUUUAUUUAAUGUUAUUCAUUAGAUUCAUAUAAUACUUGUAUAUGACUUAAAAAAGUUGUGUGUGUUUAUAUAGUAAUGUAAAAAAAUCUCUUGAGGGGGAGAAAUUUCCCUGUGGCCUUUUCCCAUCCUCCAUUUUGACGCUGGGCUGGGAUCAAUAAUAUUUAUUUCUAUAUUCAGUUUGUACAUAAUCCACAGUUAUAUACCACAGUUAAAUAUGAUUAUAAUUUACUUUAAUGCCAAAUAAUAUAUACUUUUUACAUGUCAUGUUUAUGUACAUUCAAACAGUGGCAUAGAUGGAAAGCAUAGUGGAUUUUUGCUCAAAUUUUUUUUUAACUUCCAAUAAUAAUAAGUUAUGAUAAACUUUGUAUUCAAUCUUCAAGUUUUUUGAUAAAGCGAAAAAAUUUGGGCACAGGUCCAAUGUGCGACCUACAACUGAUAAUUGACCUGUCCUUAUCUUUGCCGGGCUAAUGUGCGACCUACGUCCAAUGUGUGUUUUUUCCUAUAUAACAUGGGGAAAUAUAUUUAUUUUUGUGAAGAGAAUAGAGAUACAAACGUGAUAAUUGUAAACCGUUCGGCAUUCAGUAACGGUCUCACUGUCUUUGUCGAAUUACGUUAUUGUGAGUUUUAGUAAUUUUAAAUACAGCGUUAUAGUGAUUUUAGUAAAUUUGUGUUUUUUAUUAUGAGUGCUACAUUAGGAUACCUAUAUCGACAUAUUAUACACGAUGAAAAAAUGUGUGUACAAUUCUUGCAAGACCGAGAAUUAUUACCAUCUCUAAAUGAAAAUAAUAAUCGUUGUACCAAAGUGAGAAACAACGAAGAGUGUGGUGGAAUAUUAAAGGAAUGUGAGAGAACGAGUAAAAAACGAAACUCAGAUGGUACCUUUAAAAAAUACAUUUCUUUUAAGUGUUCAAAAAGAGGUUGCCAAACUUAUUGUUCAAUUCGAAAACAAAAUCAAUUUUUUUCUUACUUAGAUUUAAAUAAUAGAUGUCACAGUAAUUUAUCAUUAACCGAGAUCAUGGAAUUAGUAUGGCAUUGGACACAUUUGGUACCAGUUCAUCAAGUUGUACAAUUUACUGGUCGAAGUAAGAAUACAGUUGUCGAUUGGUUUAAUUUAUGUCGCGAUGUGGCUAUUUAUAAAUUUGACAAGCGAUCAAAAUUAGGUGGAAAAGAUGUGAUAGUUCAAAUCGAUGAAUCAUUAUUCAAAGGAAAACGCAAAUACAACCGUGGUCGUCUUCAAUGUGGUGAUAUUAGACCAAAUGAGGUAAAUGAAAAUGAUAGUGACGAUAGUGAUGAUACAGAAGAAGAUAACAAUAGUAAUAACACAGUGGGUGCAAAAAAUUAUGGAACGCGUGUAUCUGGACCGUGGGUUUUUGGACUUUGUUGCAAAAAAAAUGAUAUUUUGGAACGACGUUUAUUCAUCGUAGAAAAACGUGACAAAGCAACAUUACUUCCUAUAAUUAAAAAUGAAGUAGAACUAGGAAGUAUAAUCCAUAGUGAUGAAUGGAGAGCUUAUUCGUCAUUAAACAAUGAAGGGUACAUACACAGUACUGUGAAUCAUCAAAAAUGGUUUAUUGAUCCUGAUACAAAUGCCAAUACUCAAACCAUAGAAUGUGUGUGGAAAAUAGUGAAAAAGCGAUAUGAAAUAAGAGUAAACGGCGCAUCACCAUUAUUACCGAGACAACUUAAAGAGGAGUGGUGGAGAUCUCUUCACCCAAACAAGCAAACUAUAUUUGACGAAUUUUUAUCAGACAUGAAAGAUGCUUUUAUGACAUAAAUUAUAUAUAAAAUUACGAUGAAUUCUUAUCAGACAAGAAAGAUAAUAAUUAUAAAUGAAUUAAUAACUAUAAUAACUAUUAAUAUGGAUAAAUUUAAAGGAUAAAAUAACUAAUUAAUUAAUAACUAUAAUAACUAUUACAAAUGCAGUAUAGGUCAAUACGUAUAUGUAGGUCGCACACUGGACCGAAAAUGUAUGUGUAGGUCGCACAUUGGACCUGUGCCAAAAUUUGUAUAUCAUAUGCUUCUAAAUAGCUCAACAUGAGACAAACUAUUUUGAGCUUCUUAGAGUUACACGAAAACUUCCUAAAUGCACCAAUUAGAUUUACUUUCCUAUCAGAAAAUAUGCUGAAGUAGAAAAUAAAAGAACUUUUACUGAUGAAAAGGCGAUGACAAGAAAAUACACACAUCAUUGUAAGAUCAAUACACUCAGAAUGUAAAAAAAAGUUAUGGGAUGAUCCGUCACCCAUAUCUUCUCCGUGUCUACACCUGUGCAUUAAAAUACAAGUGGCCUCCUCCUUUCCUGGGUUUACCUCUAUACAAUAUUUACCUGUUUUU